AUGACACAAGCGAAUGAAUGCCUUCUCUCGGAAACAUAUUACCAUGGAAUCAUUGACCAAUACGAUAUGCAAAGAAUGCUGGUUCGAGAUGGUGAUUUUCUUUUCGGUAUUCCAGAAGAAGACGAAAAGGAGUCCGUUGUAUGGGUGGUGCGAUACAGUGGUGAAUUACGUGCAUUCAGCAUUGGUUUAACCGAGAAAGAUCUCUGUUUCGUCAAUGAAAAAUGUUUUCGAAAAGUAUCCGAAAUGGUUGACCAUUAUGUUCGAACACGAAAGCCAUUGCACAAGACGUUACCCAUUGUGGUAAAACGACCAGUACCGCACCCAGCUUGGGUAAUAUCUCACGACCGGAUACGUUUGAAGGACGAGCUAGGCAGAGGUCAAUUCGGAUGUGUUUACAAAGGAAUACUGCAAGUUGGCCACACGUACAAAACGGUUGCUGUGAAAACUUACGUAGGACACACCGAUAAAGCUAAACGAAUUUCAUUCUUACAGGAAGCAAAAGUAAUGAGAGAGUAUAAACACGAAAACGUAGUGCAACUGAUUGGUGUCGCAUGCCAGAAAGAACCGCUCAUGAUCAUUGUCGAAUUUUGCGGCGGUGGAUCCUUGCUUAAGGAGGCAGCUGCAGGAAUGAAAUAUCUCGAAGAAAAAAAGUGCAUUCAUCGUGAUGUCGCCGCCAGGAACUGUCUUCUCACAGAACAAAUCUUGACGCUGAAAAUAUGCGAUUUUGGAUUAUCAAUUAAGAGUGAACAGUUGGAAAACGAAAAAGAGAUUCAACUACCAACGAAAUGGCUGGCACCGGAGGCCAUCAAAAUGAGGCAUUUCACUACCAAAAGCGAUGUUUGGGCAUUUGGUGUAUUACUGUUUGAGAUAUUCACCGAUGGCAAUGAACCUUAUCCUGGUGAAAAUUCAUUUUACUAUCAUUACACCGAAUAAAC